CUAAUGUUUCCAGGGGUCCCCUGGCCACUAUAAGGGUCCUAGAUAGUGUGAUAUACCGAACUUGAUUUAAAUUCAGUUAGCCUAGCUCUCCCAACUGUAAACGGUCAACUAUCCCCCAUACCCCAUUAAAGUCUCAACGAGCCCUUUAAAAGCUCCCACCCCAUUCUUGAAAGUAUCACCAACAAAACCAAAAUCAAAAUCAAAAUCAAAAUCGAUUACUUUUAUUGCAUUGCAAAUUGCAAUUCCCAAAUCCCAAGCAAGCAUGAAGGUCACUGUUAUCACUCGGAGCGGUAGAGAAAUCAUCAAAGGCGGCCUCGACCUCAAUCACUCUGCUACGGUGAGUGAUCUGCAGGAGGCUAUACAUCGACGAUGCAAAAAAUACUAUCCUUCAAGACAGCGUAUUACUCUACCCGUCCAACCUGGAUCCAAAGAAAGACCUGUUGUUCUGAAUCCCAAAAAAAAAAUUGAAGAUUACUACGAUGGAAAAUCAGAUCACUUGACUGUAAUAUUCAAAGACCUGGGUCCACAGGUCUCCUACCGUACACUCUUCUUCUGGGAGUAUUUGGGGCCUUUGAUAAUCUAUCCAAUAUUCUACUACUUUCCAGUAUAUCAGUACUUUGGUUAUGGAGGGGAGCGUACCAUCCACCCGGUUCAAACAUAUGCCUUGUACUACUGGUGCUUCCAUUACUUCAAACGUAUUAUGGAAACUUUUUUUGUGCAUAGGUUUAGCCAUGCAACUUCACCUCUAUCCAAUGUGUUUCGGAACUGUGCAUAUUAUUGGACUUUUGGCUCACUCAUUGCAUACUAUGUUAACCACCCAUUAUACACCCCAGUGAGCGACCUACAGAUGAAGAUUGGGUUUGGAUUUGGGUUAAUAUGUCAAAUUGCAAACUUCUAUUGCCAUCUUAUUCUGAAAAGCCUUCGCAGCCCUGAUGGAAGUGGGGGAUAUCAAAUCCCACAUGGGUUUUUGUUCAAUAUUUUGACCUGUGCAAAUUACACCACUGAGAUUUAUCAGUGGCUGGGCUUUAAUAUUGCAACACAAACUGUUGCUGGUUCUGUAUUCCUUGUGGUGGCUGCUUUUAUAAUGACUAAUUGGGCCCUCGCAAAGCACCGUCGCUUGAAGAAGCUUUUUGAUGGGAAGGAAGGAAGGCCAAAAUAUCCACGGCGAUGGGUGAUUCUGCCUCCAUUUCUGUAAAAAUUAAAGAAUACUUACCAUAAUUGGACCACAGGUAAUGGUGUUAUUUUAAGAAUGUUCAAGGACACAAUCUUUUUUUUUUGGGUAAUCAUUCCGUCCAAAGUCAUUUCCUUAGUCUGAUUUAUUUAUUAGACAAUUGAAAAAUGUAAGUAGAGCCAUAGGAAUGAUUAACUAUGGCUGGACCUCCUUUUCAUAAAAAUUGUGAUGAGCUCUUAAUGUUCAAUUUUGUUGUUUUGGAGGAUUCUUUCUGUAUUGUUGAGAAUGUAUUGGUGCUACUUAUAUUUAA